AUACGCAGCCAGCACGCACGCGCGCGGCGUGGCCCGCCCCCGCCCGCCCUGGAGGCGGGGCCGUGAGUCCUGGGCUCCGCCCCGGAGCGUCGGGCCCCUCCCCGGGCCCCGCCUCCAGCUCGCCUAGGACCGCUCGGAGCCGGCAGUUCGCCUACCAAACCCAGCUGGGAACGCCUGGCCGCUUUUAGGAGGGGGCGGGCCCGGGGGUGGUGGCCCCAGGAGCGGUUGCCGCGGGGACUGGGCAGUGACGCGGCCCAAGGGCGGAAGUGAGAAAGUUGUCUGCGUCUCGAGGCGAGUUGGCGGAGCUGUGCGCGCGGCGGGGCGAUGGGGGGCUCGGGCAGUCGCCUGUCCAAGGAGCUGCUGGCCGAGUACCAGGACUUGACGUUCCUGACGAAGCAGGAGAUACUCCUAGCCCACAGGCGGUUUUGUGAGCUGCUUCCCCAGGAGCAGCGGAGCGUGGAGUCGUCACUUCAGGCACAAGUGCCCUUCGAGCAGAUUCUCAGCCUUCCAGAGCUCAAGGCCAACCCCUUCAAGGAGCGAAUCUGCAGGGUCUUCUCCACAUCCCCAGCCAGAGACAGCCUUAGCUUUGAGGACUUCCUGGAUCUCCUCAGUGUGUUCAGUGACACAGCCACGCCGGACAUCAAGUCCCAUUAUGCCUUCCGCAUCUUCGACUUUGAUGAUGAUGGAACCUUGAACAGAGAAGACCUGAGCCGGCUGGUGAACUGCCUCACGGGGGAGGGCGAGGACACACGGCUUAGUGCAUCUGAGAUGAAGCAGCUCAUCGACAAUAUCCUGGAGGAGUCUGACAUUGACAGGGAUGGAACCAUCAACCUCUCUGAGUUCCAGCACGUCAUCUCCCGUUCUCCAGACUUUGCCAGCUCCUUUAAGAUUGUCCUGUGACAGCAGCCCCAUCAUGUAUCCUGGCACCCUGUCCAAGAACCUUUCUACUGCUGAGCUGUGGCCAAGGUCAAGCCUGUGUUGCCAGUGCGGGCCAAGCUGGCCCAGCCUGGAGCUGGCACUGUGCAGCCUCACUCCGGGCAGGGGCAGCCCUCGUUGUCAGGGCCUCUCCUCACUGCUGUUGUCAUUGCUCCAUUUGUGUUUGUACUAAUCAGUAAUAAAGGUUUAGAAGUUUGA